GAGACAAGAUUCAGAGGUUGAGGAUGGGUUCUCCUUGUAGACUGAAGGCAGCCUACUAGUUCUACGUGGGUGAUAACCUGAGAACUUCGGAACCCUGCAGCUUAAAAAAUUCUAAAGGUGCCUGUCAUCUCACAAAGUGAUGUAAGUGUUCUUUCUUUAUUUGGGGGUAGUCCAGAAGAGCAUGCCACAGACAUGUUUAAUCCACACAUAUUAGAUGUUCCUGCUGUAAUUUUCGACAAUGGUUCAGGACUCUGCAAAGCAGGCCUGUCUGGAGAGCUUGGGCCCCGCCAUGUCAUUAACUCUGUCUUGGGAUAUCCUAAAUUCAACAAGCCUUCAGCAAGACCCAAUCAGAAGUACUUAGUGGGGCAAGAAGCCCUGUACAAGUAUGAGGCCUUAUAUUUGCACUACCCCAUUGAGCGUGGACUGGUAACAGGAUGGGAUGACAUGGAGACACUCUGGAAACAUCUCUUUGAGUGGGAGCUGCGAGUAAAGCCUAGCCAACAGCCUGUACUUAUGACCGAGCCCUCUUUGAACCCUAGAGCAAUUCGAGAAAAGGUUGCAGAAAUUAUGUUUGAGAACUUCAGUGUGCCUGCUUUUUACCUGUCUAACCAUGCAGUGGCAGCGCUCUAUGCCUCUGCCUGUGUCACAGGCCUGGUGGUAGACAGUGGUGAUGGGGUCACUUGCACUGUCCCCGUCUAUGAGGGUUACUCCCUGCCUCACGCAGUCACCAAACUCUAUAUGGCAGGGAGGGACAUCACAGAGCACCUCACCCGGCUCCUCUUUGCUGGCGGGUGUAACUUCCCUUGCAUCCUUAACAAGGCCGUGGUAAAUAACAUCAAAGAGAAGCUGUGCUAUAUCGCCUUUGAGCCAGAGGAAGAGCUACGCAAGUGUCGGGGAAAGGUCCUGGGGGCAUACAGACUGCCAGAUGGACAUGUCAUCAACUUUGGGGAGGAGCUGUACCAAGUGCCUGAGGUUCUUUUUGCGCCUGACCAGCUGGGCAUCCACAGCCCAGGACUCUCAAAAAUGGUCUCCAGCAGCAUCAUGAAAUGUGACACUGACAUCCAGAAGAAUCUUUUUGCAGAAAUUGUGCUCUCUGGGGGCACCACUCUCUUCCCUGGGCUGGAGGAAAGGCUCAUGAAAGAACUGGAGCAGCUGGCUUCCAAAGGUACUCCCAUCAAGAUCACUGCUUCUCCUGAUAGAUGCUUCUCUGCAUGGAUUGGUGCAUCCAUCAUGACCUCUAUGAGCAGUUUCAGGCCGAUGUGGGUCACCUCUGUGGAUUUCAAGGAGUAUGGGACAUCUGUGGUUCAAAGAAAGUGCUUUUAAAGAUCCUUGAGCAGAGGGGACAUCUUGAAGUGCCAGAUUAGAGGAGUCCCAGUGGGAGGUGGCACUUUCUUCUGGGCUUCAGCAUGAUGCUCAAUAAAAGUUUCAUCAUUUCAA